UUUCUAACACUAUAAAAUUUGAUAAAAUUUUAUGAUAGAAUGUUUUCUCGGGUGGUUUUUUUUUUUUUUUUUUAGUGUGAAUGUAAAUAAAAACAAAAAGUUGAUUUAACUUCGAUUGAGUCGUUACAAUAAUUGAUACUUUUGUCACGAAAAAUUUGAGCUCAAUCAAUAAUGUUUUAUAUAAUCGUAAAAAUUCACCAAAAAUUAAGAAGCUGGAUUAGUCUAGUGACAAGUGAAUGGGCUUCAUAACCCAACGGCCAAGGGUUCAAGACUCUUCAGGGGAAAAUUUUAAGCUCAAUUUUCAAUCAAUGUGCAUUCCCUUGCCAAUAUAAUGAACGUAUUCAAUGUUCAUUUUUUUUAUACUUAUCACAAUUUCAGGGUAUUCAGAACAACUAUGACUUAUAAACAUUACAACAAUCCUGACAACGACCGCAGUAACACAUUCGUUUUAAACAUACUACUGAUUAUUGACACUUUCAAAGAAAUUAAUCCACUGGUCAACGAAACCCGUCAUACCAAUAGAAUCUUACAAGUUUUGAAUCGCGCGGCUAAAGCGUUAAAUGAAUUAAGUAAUCCUAAAAUAAAGUUACACAUUUCCGGAGUUGUUAAAUUGAAGCAAAUAAAUCAUUCAAAUUUAAAAGUAUUCAAGGAAACACAGUUUGCGUAUUACGAGUGUUAUGAUAUUCAUUUAACAUAUAAUGCUAUGAGUAAGUGGUUGUUUGAUGAUUCUGCAACAUUUGGCGAGAUUGACUAUGACAUGUUCGUUUUUGCACCAAAUGCAGAUUUAUGUAUUAAAAAUGGUGGACAAUUGGACAGCCGUUCGUAUUAUCUCCCGAAAAAUAAAGAUUGUACAAACACAGAUGAUUCGAGUCAUCCAUCGGGCGGACUCUUGGAUUUUGACAACGAAAAUGCUGAAUUGCAUAUUGUACAGAUGAUUGCUGAAAACGUUCAAAUAUUUUCAACUUACCGGAAACACAGAAAAUGCCUCUAUGCCGAUUUACGUGUGAUGAGAAAAAUGAGUCAGAUAUUGGCCCAGUUCUAGAUUAUGACUGCAAUUCUCUUCCUGCGUUAGUUAAGUCAUCUGGUGGACUUAUUCAAUAUGACCCCUUCUUUAGCUUGCAUGUUACUCAAAUGAUCGCCGACAGAUUCCAUAUUAAUCAAGAUAAUGUACUCAACUGCGGAUCAGGCCAUAUAAUGGAUAAUGGUAAAAUUGAUACUUGCGUAACCGCGAUAAAUUCUCGGUCGUGGUCAAAUUGUUCUCAAUCAGCAUUUCAGUCUCUACCCAGCACGGCUGAAUUUUUAUGUUAUAAAAUGCCAGCUUUUAAGUCAGAUGGUGAACAAGACAACGAUUAUCAGUAGUCCUACAAAUCAAUGCUUCUUUACAUCAUGCAAUACAUACUUAUUGAAUUAAUAAUAUUGUAAUGUACAUAUUUGUUAAAAGUUUAUCCAUUAACUGACAGAUAUUACAAUAAAAGA